UUGUGAAAGUUUGUAAAAAGCUUGAUGAUAUUCCAGAAUAAUGAGCAAAGGAAAAGUAACAAGAUUCUUCAAAAAGUACUUUUGGGAAGGACAGAAGCUAGAUGAUACGCAGCUGGAGGCUCUAAAAGAGCUGUCUCAUGAUGCUUCUUUAACACAAAAGCUCCUUGUUAAAUAUCGCCGAUUUGUCGGAUUGCUGAUACCGGCGUUGAUUGUACAAUCUUUAUGGUGGAUGCAGGCCAUUAGACACGAUUAUUUUUCACUGUUCCCUGAGCGUUAUUUGAUGAGCAUUACGAUGAUUUUUGGCGCGACUGUAGCAGGUAUGACAAGUGAAGGAGGGGGUGCAGUAGCUUUCCCAGUUAUGACAUUGGCGCUAGCGAUAGCUCCAGGUGUUGCGAGGGAUUUUUCUUUAAUGAUACAAGCAACAGGAAUGAGUUGUGCCUCCUUCACAAUAAUUUGGAUGAAAAUUAAACUUGAAAAUAAUUCUGUUGUUUUCUGCAGUAUUGGAGCCAUCGCAGGGAUGAUACUAGGGUUGGAGGUGAUUGAUGAGUUGCUGACACCAGCACAGAAGAAACUUGGGUUUGUUUGUAUCUGGUUUAGCUUUGCGUUCUCACUCUUUCUUCUAAACAGAGAGCACAAAAGGAAAACCUAUGAUCAAAUUCAGAAUUUAAACGCAUGGAAAAGAAGCUUUUUAGUGUUUGCAGGAUUUUUAGGAGGUAUAUUUAGCGCAGUGGCUGGUAGUGGAGUAGAUAUUUGUUCAUUUUCAGUUCUUACACUUCUUUUCAGGGUUAGUGAAAAGGUAGCUACACCUACCAGUAUUCUAUUGAUGGCCUUCAAUUCGUUAGUAGGUUGCUACUGGAAAACUUUCAUGAUGGGAGGAUUGGAGGAGGACGCCUGGGGAUUUUUAAAGGUGUGUGCCCCAGUAGUUGUAAUCUUUGCUCCACUUGGAUCCUUCCUUUCUAGUCAUUUCCACAGACAAGUUCUUGCAUUCCUAGUCUACAUUCUGGAUACUAUAGCACUGGUAGGUUAAUUAAUUUAUUUUAUU